CAUCUACAAUGAUCGCUCCAAUCGUCUCCAUUUUGACUGUCGCUCUAUCUUUUGUCCAGGCUCAGGUUGGGCCCGAGCGUAAUUGCACCGCUUACGAUGCUGUUGCAACUGAUUUCGUGUACACUCCGGGAGCAACUAACUGUGUUAAUACGUAUUCAGAUAAGACGUGUGAAUCCCUUUACGCCAUCGCAGCGGCUAAUCCAGCACCAGUGCCAGGUCUUAAAACUCUGCGCCCAGGAAAAUGUUUUACCACAGCUGCCACUGCCGCUGUUACUUCACCUAUCGAUGCAGAUCUUGUGAGAGCAGCAGUCAGCACUUGUCCAAAGACUUGUGGAUAUUGUUGCCAAAGUCCUGAUUACAACUGUCCUAAUGUUCAGUUCCCACGUCUCAAUUGCGCCACCAUCCUUCCAUCCCAAUGCACAAAUCAACAAUUCCGUGUGAUCAUUGCUCAAGAUUGUCCAUCUGCCUGUGGGCUCUGUAAUGCAGGAGGAUGCGUUGAUGCGAUAAUGGGAUGUGCAAAUGAUAUAUCCAUCUGUAAUAACGUCGGAAUGCAAGAUUUCGUCAAUCUGAACUGCCAAAGAACUUGCUCCAGAUGCUCCUCCGCACCAGUUCCAGGAGGUUGUACCUACAAUCGUGACUCUGGCACUUUUUGCGCCGCUUGGGCUGCCAACGGAUUCUGCCAGAACGAAUUCUACUCUCCUGACCAAAGAAAACAGUAUUGCGCCACUACCUGCAAAAUCUGUUAAAUUAGAGGCUUCCGAAAAACUCAAGCCAAAGACAAAGACAUAUUGACGACCAUAUUGACGACCGAGAUUAAUCAAAGUAGUUAGCUUCUCAUUAAGAUUUGUGUUAACAGUUUCAUGACUGACCACCUUGAAAUAAACUCAUUUC